UCUUCUCACAACUGCCAACAUGUCAGAACGAAUUGCGGUGGAUCUAGAUUACGACUCUGCUAUCGAAAUACCACUCGAUGACUCGUUAAAUUUAUCACUUCGAUCCAGCCUGCUCCAUUUCGCACAAGAAAAUGGGCGGACUUACCACAGGUUAAGUGAAGGGAAGUAUGCCUACCCAAAUGACGAUAUCGAAAACGAUAGACUCGAUCUGCAAGAUGGCAUGUAUAUCAUUACGCUUGACGGGAAGAGGGCAUUGAAUCCAGGAGCCGCUACUGCCAAACGAGUUUUAGAUAUGGGUACCGGAACAGGGAUCUGGGCAUUGGAAUUUGCUGAGGAACACCCAGCUGCCGAAGUGAUCGGCGUUGAUCUGAGUCCUAUCCAACCUCCUUUCGUACCACCGAACUGCAGUUUCGAGAUCGACGACCUUGAGAAAGAGUGGACAUGGACGACACCAUUUGACUUUAUUUUCUCCCGCAUGAUGACAGGAAGCUUCUCCGACCCAGAAACGAUAGCAAAAAAGGCAUUCAAUGGUCUGAACCCCGGUGGCUGGUAUGAGAUCCAGGAUAUCCAACUCCCCGUCUUCUGCGACGAUGGGACUCUCGACCCCAAAACCUCUCCACUGAUGAAGUGGCAAGAAUGCCUUAUCGAAGGCUCUCGUAGACUUGGUCGGCCACUUGGCGAGUCUGACAAGUAUAAAGCCAUCGUCAAGAAAGUCGGCUUUCAUAAUGUCGUGGAAACUAGUUACAAAUGGCCUACCAACAGCUGGCCCAAAGACCCAAAACUCAAGGAACUUGGGAAAUGGAACCUCAUCAACUUCGAAUCAGGACUUGAGGGCGUAAGUCUGGCUUUGUUUACCAGGGUGCUCGGUUGGUCAAAGGAUGAAGUGCUAUCUCUUUGUGCGGAUGUGAGGAAUGAAUUGAGGAAUCCGAAGGUGCAUGGGUACUGGAAGAUCUAUGUGGUCUAUGGCCAGAAGCCGGAGAAGGAGGCAGCUUGGUAGAAGGAAAAUUAGUCCGAGCUUGUGCAGUGUCGACUAUACGAUAGCCAAUGCCUUUUCUAUUUGGCGUGUAGGAUAGUGGGGCCUCUGCUUUUUAUUCAGUUCAAGGGUCCAGGUCAAUUGACUUGUCUCGUCACGCUGAAAAACAUGUUACGUGGAAGACGAGCAAGGAGUCUGUUCCAUGAGACCAUCUCAAUGUC